AUGACCGAAAAGUACAUGACUGAUCAUGAAGCCAUGGACGAAAAGAUCGACGUCUCCCAUGACGAGGUCGUCCACAUGGCCCAGCUGACGGAGGAGGAGAAGGUCAUGGAAAAGAAGCUUCGACGCCGCAUCGACAGUCUCAUCAUGCCACUGGUCAUCCUCGUCUAUCUCAUGAACUAUAUCGAUCGCAACAACUACGCCGCCGCCAAGCUCCAAGGCCUUGAGCAAGAUCUGUCCCUCAAUGACUCCCAAUACCAGACCGGCCUGUCGAUCCUCUUCGUCGCAUACAUUCUCAUGCAAGUCCCGUCCAACCUACUCCUCAAUUACAUGGGUCGCCCGUCACUCUACCUGGGCUUCUUCACCACAGCGUGGGGACUCGUCUCGGCCCUCACCAGCCAAGUGUCCAGCUACGGGGGCAUCGUCGCCUGCCGCUUCAUUCUGGGGCUCGUCGAGGCGCCAUUCUUCGCCGGGAUCCUGUUCUACCUGUCCAAGUGGUACACCAAGAACGAGCUGGCCUUCCGGAUGAGCAUCUUCUACUCCGGCUCGCUGGUGAGCGGCGCCUUUGGCAACCUCAUUGCCGCCGGGAUCCUGGAGGGUCUGCAGGGUCACCGCGGUCUAGCCGCCUGGCAAUGGCUCUACAUCAUCGAAGGCAGCAUCACUGUCGCGAUUGGCAUCGCCAUCUGCCUGCUCCUGCCGGACUUCCCGGAGACCUGGAAACUGCUCUCGCCCGAGAUGAAACACGUCGCCAACCGACGCCUCGCCAUCGAAGCCGCCGAGGCCGACAUCGACGAAGGCGGCAGCAUGUCGCAGCUCCAGGGCCUCAAGCUGGCCUUCACCGACGUCAAGACCUACGUGCUCGCUAUCGCCUACAUGUGCAUCACGGCCGGCGCCGGAUUCCAGUAUUACUUCCCCACCCUGGCCGAGACCCUGGGGUACAGCAAGAUCAUCUCGUUGCUGCUGGUCGCGCCCCCGUACAUCUUCAUGGUCUUCUACAGCCUCUUCCACUCCUACCUGUCCGACCGCUUCGGCAGCCGCUUCUGGUUCUUCGUGUACCCGAUCCCCGUCACCAUGGUCGGGUUCAUCAUCUUCAUGACGACCGACCGCUUCGGCCCGCGCUACUUCUCCAUGUUCCUGAUGAAUUUUGUGUUCGCGCAGAACGGCACCCUCUACUCCUGGAUCGCCAACGCCAUCCCCCGCCCGCCCGCCAAGCGCGCCGCCGCCUACGCCUUCAUCAACUCCAUCGGCAACUCCGCCAGCAUCUGGACGGCCUUCACGUAUCGCGAGCAGGACGCGCCCUAUUACCGGCUGGCGAUGGGCGUAUGCGUGGGGAUGCAGGCACUGGGCGGCAUCAUGGCGGUGUUCAUGUACUGUCAUCUGCGGUUCCUGAAUCAGAGGCUGGCGAGGCUGGAGGACGAGGAUGCGGUGCUGACAGAUCAGGAGCUGGCCCGUUUGCAGCGGACGGCCGAGGUGGAGGGGAUUGACGUUGCGGCGGCGAGGAGGCUGCAGAAGGGGUUCCGUUAUGUGAUAUGA